AUGAAUGUUGUGAAGGUGCCAUUGGUCGAACCUCGUGCAAUAGCUAAUGGCAUCUCAGUGUGGAAUUGGCAUGGCUCUGCCUUUGACGAGGGCGACGAGGUAGCAGCGUGGUUCUCAAACUAUCUGGAGAAACCGAGUCGUCUUGUUCGUUUUAAUGAAGAAUCAGAAUCAAGGGCUGUAAUGUCUGAACUUUGUGUAGGCCACGCCAUCAGAUUUUCUGAUGCAUAUCCCUUCCACCUCCUAUCCCAAAGUUCAAUGGACGCACUAAAUUCCCAGCUUUCGGAACCUGUGCCUGUCAACCGGUUCCGACCCAAUCUCCUUAUUGAUGGCUGUGAACCUUUUUCUGAGGAUUUGUGGAAUGAAGUAGAAAUAAAUGGCCUGACGUUCAGUGCGGGUGAGCUUUGCUGGCGCUGCAAGAUUCCCACAAUUAAUCAAGAUACGGCAGUAGGAGGAUCUGAGCCAAACGAGACUCUCAAGAAUUUCCGGUCUGGCAGAGUAUUGUUUCCUAACAAGGAAAAACAGCGUGGAAGGGUUUACGUGGGUACAUUUAUGGUCUGCUCAAAUGAUACUGCGGAAACUGAGAAGGCAAUUAGAGUGGGUGAUCACAUUCAUGUGUUGAAGACAUUCUCCUCGUAUGCAGAGUGUCCCGUUUAG